AUGGCUGAUCCUCGAGAGACGUGGCAGAGACUGCAGACUGCUUUGCAGCAGCGGGGACGAGGGGGUCCAUUCGGUCGGAUGCCUGGUGGAGGUGGCCGAGCUGCCGGAGGAAUCGGGGCAUUAAUUGCUCUUGGUCUAGGAGGAUAUUUGAUAUCAAAUUCAUUAUUUAACGUUGAUGGUGGUCACCGGGCCAUCAAAUAUACAAGAGUAGGUGGUGUGAAGAAGGAAAUCUACAACGAAGGUACACAUUUCCGUAUUCCGUGGUUUGAAACACCUAUUAUCUACGAUGUCCGCGCAAAGCCACGCAAUGUCGCUUCCCUUACCGGAACCAAAGAUUUGCAGAUGGUGAACAUCACUUGUCGUGUGCUUUCACGGCCACGAGUUGACGCUCUUCCCCAAAUCUACCGCACCCUUGGAUCGGACUUCGAUGAGAGAGUUCUCCCAUCCAUUGUCAACGAGGUGUUGAAGAGUGUUGUCGCACAAUUCAAUGCCAGCCAACUUAUCACCCAGCGUGAAAACGUGGCCAGACUUGUCCGUGACAACCUCGCCAGACGUGCUGCCCGAUUCAAUAUCCUCCUAGACGAUGUCUCCUUAACACACCUUGCUUUCUCUCCCGAAUUCACCGCAGCCGUCGAAGCCAAGCAAGUAGCUCAACAAGAGGCACAGCGAGCAGCCUUCGUCGUCGACAAAGCUCGACAAGAGAAGCAAGCCACCAUUGUCCGCGCUCAGGGUGAAGCACGCUCGGCCCAGCUUAUCGGUGAUGCAAUCAAGAAGAGCAGGAGUUACGUCGAACUCAGGAAGAUUGAAAACGCUCGCAACAUCGCCCAAAUUCUUCAGGAAUCUGGCGGAAGAAAUAAAUUGUACUUGGAUACUGAGGGACUGGGCUUGAACGUUAAUGCGGGCGCCGACGGUGCUGAUAAAGCCUAA